CUAAAAUACCAAGAAAACGAAACAACAAAAGUUGAAGAGGGUAAAACUGACAAAGAAAAUUGUUAUUUUAAACAAAGUUUUCCAUAUUUUGUCUUAAAGUUUUCAUUAUUUUUUAUUAUUUACGCUGCUAUUGCUGUCACCACCACUACCACCGCCACAACCAUCACUACCACUACCAGCCGUCCAUCACUACUACAUAUACCGUUGCAAAGUCAACGUUAACAACGACGACGUAAAAUGGAACCCUCAUAUGAUCACGAACAUCCACAUCAUCAACAGCAGCAGCAACAACAACAUCUACUAACAAAUUACAACUCCAAAAAAUAUAACUCACCCAUCAAUCGCACUCCCGAGUAUAAUAGUUCAGCAGAUAUACAUGAUCACACAAAUCUGCUGGCCGACGGCCGUUUGAUACACGAAGCAAAUAGUGAAAUUUCUUAUCAAUAUCGCCAUGGUAGCGAACAUUCUUCUUCAAGUUUACACUCUCCUGCCAUUCAUCACUCGACCUCAACGUCCACACCCACCCAUAACAAUAGUUAUGAUAAUGAUCACCUGAUAGAUGUAGCAGCCGCCACCUCAUUAUCUCUUAAUUCCCAAUGCCACAACUCGGUGAUAAUAUCAAACUCUUAUAUGGGCUCAACACCACCGCCAACACAGUCAUCUGCAGCCCAACAUUUACUCGGUUCAAAUAUGUCACCAUUACUCACAAACAGUACCUCUUCGACUAUGUUGAAUAAGUAUUUAUCGCAUCCCAAUAUGAUGACCGUUGCCAUGUCUUCGGAUACUGAAGAAUACGGUGGCUCAGGUGGUGGAGGCGGAGGAAAUGUUGGUGGUGUGGUGGGUAGUGCGAGUUUAAUGGAUGGUUCUAUGUGGGCCUAUGACUAUAAAGGUGAAAUAUGUGCGGCGAAUAGAAAUUUCCUGGAUCGCCAUAAAUUAGUCAAUGAAGUCAAGUUUCGUGCUGUCGGCAGCAAUCAGUCCAAAUGUGCCAAAGAAGCUAGAAUACGUAGACCCAUGAAUGCAUUUAUGGUUUGGGCAAAAAUUGAACGCAAAAAGUUGGCCGAUGAAAAUCCUGAUCUACAUAAUGCUGAUCUAAGUAAAAUGUUGGGCAAAAAAUGGCGUUCAUUAACACCACAAGAUCGUAGGCCCUACGUGGAGGAAGCUGAACGUCUACGUGUUAUACAUAUGACCGAACAUCCCAACUAUAAAUAUCGACCACGACGAAGAAAACAAUCAAAAUUACGAACAUUACAAACGAAUGGUGUAGGAAAGGAACAAAAUGGCGUGAGUGGAACGCAAUCGCCAAACAAACAAUCAACUGCAAAAACAUCAACAACCCCACCCUCUAACUCACUCUCAUCGGGAACAUUCGAUACGAAUUCAAAUCAUCAAAGAAACUCAACACCCCACAUGCAUACACCCUCUAACUCUGCUUUAUAUGAACAAACCUUAAGGCCCAACUAUUCACCCAGUUCAUUGGAUUGCUAUAGUAAUCCAGAUAUGGCGGAUAAUAAUGAUUUCCUAAAUUGCCCAACACCUCAUAGCAGUGAGGCGGCAGCAAGAAGUGAACUACAACACAAUUUUGGUGUGGCAUCAGAAGAGACAACGAAUGGAACCUCUUAUAAGAAAAGUUGUCCAAGAUCUGCCAAUAAUGCACAAGCGGUUAAAGGUUCAACACGAACACGUUCAUUAUUAAAUGCUGGAUCUGCUCAUAAGUUAUCUCAAAAGGAUUUGGAUAAAUGUAAAGAAAAUGACUCGCUUAGAUCCGCAUAUCCCUUAGCUGCAACUUCGCUGUCAGUGGUAGCUGGCCGAGGUAUGUAUGUUACCUGUAGCAGUCGUGGCCUAUUAGAUCAUGGUCACUCGGUAAAAGGCACCUUCUAUCCACCAGUAUCGAGUUUAGAUGAUGAUAAAAUGCACUCAAACACACACGCCAGUCAUGUCAUGAGUUCUGGCAGUGGUCAUGCUUCAGCUUUAGGAUCAGCCGCUUACUCAACGCAUCAAACGACAUCACAUCAUCAUAGUGAUUUGAAUUUUUCCUUGGAAAACGUUCGCAUGUCCCAAACCUCUUGUGCGGGAGAUUAUUUGGUAGCACCUAAUGCCUAUAAUUCCAAUGCUGCAUACGAGGAUUACCUACGUUAUACUACCACAGCUGCAGCUCAUACUUCACCGUUUGCUGACAGUGAUUACGCUGCUAUGUCUAGUGAAAAUAACUCUAGUGGCAUGAACAAUGAAGAAGACGCACUAAAAAAUGCUAAACAAAAUAAAUAUCCCGAUUCCAAUCACAAUUACGAUGGCUAUGAUACAUUCAAUCCCAUGGUAGUGUCAACUUCAUCAGCUGGAGGCAGUUACUAUGGUCAGCUACCCUAUUCCCUGGCCAGCCAGUCAUUUCCAUUGCAACUAACUCUACCUUUACAACAAUCAUCUCUACAGGCCGGGGUCUAUGGUCAGGUGGCUCAAAAUCAAAGUUAUCUUCAUUACAACCAUUAUAGUCCUCAGAUUGCCACACAAAUGUCUCAUCUAAAUGAAGGUGGCAAUUCAGCCUCCCAAAUGAGUCUCAUGACACAGGCCUCUGCCACACCUUUGACCGCCUCUUUGGCUCAGUCAUCACCCUAUCCAGCUCAUUCACAUCCCCACCAUCAUCACAGCCAUCAUCCACAGAUAUUUGGUAGUAUACCAAAUUCUUCUGGAGUUUUGGGUGUAGGAGAGAUAAUACUCGAUCCCAGACGUGACGAUGAAAUAAGCAACAUUUUGGCGGGUGUAAGAAAAACAUGUUACAGUAAUUAAGUUCAUGUAUCGUUCAAAUACCAAUUUGUUCGUUGCUAUUUUUUUAUUAAAAAUUCUGUUUAUUUCCUUUUAUAAAUCUUAAUAAUUAUGUAAAUACAAAUGUAGUAUAUAGUUAAACAUGCUAAAAUUCUCAUUAAAAAAGAGCUAAAAUUUAAAAAAUUGUAGAUGAAUAAAAAAUGUGUUUAAACUAUAUAAAAAGCCGCACUUUAAGGCAUUUGUGGUUGGAAAAAUUGCAAAACAAUAGUUUAUAAUGAAAACUAUAUGUUGGUUGAAAGUUUAUUUCGAUAAAAGUGGAAUCUAGAAUGGAAUUGGUUAAUCGCAAAUGUGUGACUCCCACGCAGUUGAUUUUUCUUUAUAUUACAGAUAAUCAAGGAAAUAUUAAUAAAAAUUUAAAUAAUUUAAAAAAAGGUAAGUUAUUAUUUACAGAAUAGAUCAGAAAAUAGCUUAUUGACUAGCAUGUAGACUAGACAACAGAUUAGUCUAUAGACUAGACAACAGAUUAGUCUAUAGACUAGACAACAGACUAGUCUAUAGACUAGACAACAGACUA